AUGUCCACAUACAAGAGAAAUCGUGAUACAGUCGCAAGCAGCAUCUAUACCACCGAGCAAAAGCCGGGCAUUGAACAGUGGCUUGAAGAUACUGCGAAAAAUAUCCAGGAGCCCGUGACUGCACUGGGGUUGACUAUGCCCGAGAAACGCCUAGGCAGCUUGGAACAGCGGCCUGGCAUGGACAAGGGACUGUUGGAGAGAGAUCUUGGAACACGAUACGAAAUUGAGGACAGGAUCAUAGCUUUUAAGGAGAGAGCCCGCAGACAAGACGAAAGUUUCAAGAAAUCCGAACUACAGGAGGAUAUACUUCAAGAAAAUAUUAAUAGCGUGCAACAGCAGCUCAGUAUGCAGGACCCAUUUCUUAAAGACAGGCUCACCCUGCAUGAAAGACGACUAGAGCUUGCCGACCAACAAAUAAACACACAGCAAGAGCUCAUAAAACACUUGCUUGAAGGGCAAGCCUCAAUUUCACGACAACUUGGCCUUAUUACACAACAGCUUUCACUACUGUUUGGACAAUAUGCGCAACAACCACAAGUGGAAGAACCCGAGGGGCAGCAGUCCAAUCCUGGCGGAGUCAACAAAGGUACAGAUGCUUCUGAUUAUGUCCUUGUCUCGGAAGAUGAAGCCACCACUACUUGA